GAUUUAUGAAUUAAAAAUUUGGCGGCCAUUCGUGUUAAGUACUUGUCUACCAGUUGUCUCUAAGACAAAACUAAAGUUGGUUCGCUAGCAAUAAACUAUCGCCAUGUUUUCCUUCAAGAAGAAGGACAAGGAUAGGGAAAAAGUUAUCGAGACGAAAGAAGAACGAAAGGAAAGGAGAAAAAAAGAGAAGGAUAACAAAAACAAAACUGAUCGCAAAGCUCAUGGCGAACUGGGGAACAUAGUUGCUGGCUCUGAGGAGGAGAGACGAGGGCGAUUUAGUUUUAGAAAACAGGAUAAACGAAGGUACGAUGUUGAGCACGAUUAUGACCAAAGAAAUCCAUCGCCUGGAACUGAGCAUCUUGAUUUGUAUGGCAGGAAAGGUCGUUCGAGUAGCACCGAUACAACUGGUAGUACAACUAGCGGUUCGGCCAUUCCUUCUCCAUAUUUGUACGGAUCUUCUACUAAUGUUUCAUCUAACGCAGUUUUUUCCGAAGCGGUUCCACAAGCAAAUCGUAGACAUGUAGACGAUGAAAAGCAAGAAGUUUCGGAAGUCGGGAAACCUGUCCCGAAACCACGAGUGAAGAGAAAGAAGAGCUCGAGUAUUGAAAUCAAGUUGCAAAGUCCGAACCGGCAGAGUUACGAGUCUCAAGAUCGAGAAAAGACAACGAACGAGGAGGAGGGACGAAACCACAGAGCCGAAGUUAAUGGCAAUUCUUCAAUUAAUGCGAAGUCUUCUGAUGAAGGUAUAUCUGCUUCGUCGAUGAACGAUAAGCAUGUUUUGACCGAUAGCGCUCCACCUAAACCUCCGCGUAUUUUAGCGGAUCGCGCUGGUGUGGUUGAGUUCGAAGUCAAGCUGAUCAAUGUUGGUUCCGAAAACGAUCGAAACAAGGCUAAUUCUCAACGAUCCAUGGAAGUUGAUCGACCUAUCACUGCUACAAGCUCUGUGCAGUCUUUCGCCGGUCCACCAAGCGAUCCGAAAAUUGUUUUGCCACCAAGAGAUCUGAACGUUUCCUCGCCGUCGAUUCUGUCUCCUACUGAUAAAACUUUGGAGGAAAUGGGGGUCGAUUUGCAGCUACCGGAAGUGAAGCCAGCCAUUUCUGGUAUUGCAAGGGUGAUAAAAUUAAAAAGGCGCUCUAGCGGUGAUUUUGGGUUUGCUCUGAGGAGAGCUAAUGCCCCUGGAACCGGAAAAACUGUUCACUUUGUGGAACCCGUUGGCCCAAAUAGCACACCGGGUUUGCUACCAGGAGAUCGACUCGUAGAAGUCAAUGGAAUCAACGUUGAAAAUGAACCGAGAGAGAAGAUUAUCGAGAUGAUUGUUAUGUCGGGAGAAGAGGUCGUUAUUAAAGUUAUCCCAGUACCGGAACUUUCAGAAUUGAGCGUGAGAAGUGGUUUGGAUGGAUCGACUGUUCAACUUGACGAGUCGAAUCUCAAGGCCGGAACUCUGGCUCGGAGUGGAAGCAAAAGAAUUAAAAAGAAGCCCAAAUCAGAGGAGGAGGUGAACUCACAGAAAGCUUGGUUAGAUGCUGAGAAAGUGUGGGUUGUUCACAAGGCAGGGUUUUCCGGUGGAAGAGUACAGAAGAUUAAAGAGCAGAGGCAAGAAGAUGAAACCCCUAUGUGUAAAGUGAAGUUGGAUCAUGGUGGUGAAAUUAUUUCUAUUGAAGAGGAUAGUGUUGAAAAGGCAAAUCCCCCUCAGUACGACAGAGCAGAAGAUCUUGCUUCCCUGCGUUACCUAAAUGAAUCAAGCUGCCUACACACCUUACGGCAACGGUUUGGCAGUAACCUUAUUCACACCUACGCUGGACCCAACUUGAUAGUUGUUAACCCCCAGCAGGAGUUGGCCAUUUAUACUGACAAGGUGAUUCAGAUGUUCCGUGGCUGUAAACAGGAAGACAUGCCACCACACAUCUUUGCUGCUGCACAGUCAGCUUAUAGAAACAUGUUGGCAACAAGGAUGGAUCAGUCAAUUGUACUAAUGGGACACAGCGGCUCAGGGAAGACUGUCAAUGCCAGACACAUCAUGCAUUAUUUGGCAGCUGCAGCCAGUUCUCCUCACUCUGCACUUACAGACCAAAAGCUUGAAGCUAUUUAUGCUCUACUGGAGGCCUUUGGCAAUGUGACCACCCCAUUAAAUCACAAUGCAUCAAGGUUCACUCUGUUGUUCAACAUGGAUUUUGACACAGCAGGGCUUUUGACAAGUGCUUCAGUUCAGGCAUUUCUCUUAGAGAAGUCCAAAGUUGUCAGGCAGUCAGAGGAGGAGAGCACUUUUAAAAUCUUCCACUAUUUGGUGUCAGGAUGUGAUCCAAAACUGAGAAAGGAACUACAGCUGGAAGCAAAAAUGAGUGAAACGAAUGACUUUAUGCAAACAUUUGAUCCCAAGUCAUCAGAUGAUCAGAUGCUCUCUGAUAAGUGGACAGAGAUUGAGUUUGCUCUGCAGAUGCUGGGUAUCUCUGAGGAAGAAGCAAAAGGCAUUUGGGCUAUCUUGGCUGCAAUCUGUCACCUGGGAUGCGCAGGGAUUGCAGUUGGUGCAGAUAACAAACCCCACUUCGCCAACCCAGCAGCAGUACAAAGAGCUGCGAGUGUCCUUGGUACCACCAAGGAGGACAUCACUGAGAUCAUCUUCGCUCCUCCAAUUGUCAAUCAGUUCACCGUAAGGAUGCGGCGCCAAAGCCAGUCCAGAAAUGAUCUGAGUCCGUCCAGUUCUGCUGAUAAUACUCCUGAGAGGCAAGCUAGAUCUACAGCGAUUCAGUACAUCGAGGCGUUGGAAGGGUUUGCCAUGGGACUCUACCAGGAAGCGUUUGCUGCCUUGAUUAGAUUCAUCAACAGAUCGCUUCAAUGUAACGUUCGAACUGUGACAUCAAUGCACGUGCUGGACCCGCCAGGUUUCCAGAACCCGGCAUCAGUCGGCAAGACCGAUGGUGCACUGUUUGAUGACUUGUGCCAUAACUACGAGUAUGAGAGGCUUCAAAAGUUCUUCCACGACACAGUGUUCAGUACUCAGAUGGAACGAUACUCACAGGAAAACAUAGAUUGUAGUUAUGAAAGUGUGGCAAGCUCUCCUGAUCCUGUGGUGUCCGUCUUUGAUAGAGCUGCUCAAGGAGUGACUCGAGGUUCUACCCUGGACCUGAAAAGUGAACAGAAGGGUUUGUUAUGGAUCUUAGACGAAGAAUCAAUCUUCCCGGGAGCAAAUGACAGCAGUUUCUUGGCGCGGCUCUAUGUACAUCACUGCAAUGAUAAAGACACGUGGGUCAAACAGGGGUCGCUCAAAGACACAUUCUACAUUAACCACUGCCAGGGUAACUUACCUGUACUCUACAAUGCUCAGGGCUGGCUGAAAGUCGCUAGGGAACAUGCUGCCGUUAAGCAGGCCCAUCCAAUCCUGGCUGAAUCCUCAAAAACUUACUUGAAUGAGAUGUUUUCGCGACACCGUUCGGCUGCAGAGGGAGUGACUCGAUCCCGGAGCCUGAAGAAAACUCUGAACACACCAACAGCAAUUAAAAAGAACUCUCAUUGUUUACAGCUCAUAUACCAAGUGGACACCAUUCUGGACGCCAUACGAAAGACCAAAGUCAAUUUUGUGCGUUGCAUCCUUCCAGUGGAAAUCGCAGUCCAGACUGACAGUGUUGAUGGAGAGGCCGUGAGUAACAGUGCCAAAGAAGUUUCCUCGUUGCAUGUACCGCUUGUCAGAAACCAGCUCAGGUCUGCGGAAAUGUUAGAUGCUGUCAGGAUACACAGACAAGGUUUUCCAGAGCAUAUGCCAUUUGGAGAGUUUAGGCGCCGUUUUGACAUCCUCGCUACGAGUCAGCACAGAAACACAGGCCCCGUUUUGGAUGAAAAAAAGGCCGUAGAAACACUGCUGGAUCACCUUGAACUGGACAAAAGAAGCUAUAGACUGGGAUUGAGUCAGAUCUUCUUCCGUGCCGGCACUCUUGCUCAGUUAGAAGACGCUCGGGACGAGAAGACCACUGAUACCAUAGUUGAACUGCAGGCUUUCUGUCGUGGAUUCUUAGCGAGGAAGAACUAUAGUAAAUUACAGGUUCAGUGCACAGCUAUCCGUUGUAUUCAGAAGAAUAUUAGACUUUUCUUGGCAGUCAACAAUUGGCCUUGGUGGAGAUUAUAUACAAAGGUCCUCCCAUUGUUAAAUGUUCAUCGAACCGAAGAAGAACUAAAGAGCAAAUCGGGAGAGGUCGACAUUUUGAAAUCAAGAUUAGCAAAACUUGAAAGGGAAAAGAAGGAAUUAGAGGAAGCAAACGAGAAGCUACAGCAAAAGGUAACUGAAUUAUCCGCUUCUUUGUCCGAGGAAAGAGAAACCGCCAGCCAUGCCAGUGAAAUGCUUGAAGGCGAAACAAUGGAGAGAAUGAGAUUGGAACGUCAAAUGCAGGAACUCCAGGAGUCCUUGGAGGACGUCAAGAAGAGGAAAGACAAACUUGAAGUUGAACUUCUUGAAGCAAGAGCUUUGAGUGUCACCGCCACAAGGAAUGUCGAGAGAUUGGAGAGGUACGAAGGCGAAGGAGCUUCUGAAGAUGAAGAAGAAGAGUCGUUUUAUCGUGAGAGGUACAUCCAGGCCUCCAAGGAACAUGAGCAACUAAGAAAAAAAUUACAAAGUCAGGCCGAGCAAGAGAUAGAACAGCUCACCAAUCAGAAGCGAUUACUGGAAAGGAAGUUGACGGAGGAGAAAGCUGAAAAUGAAGAGAUACAGCGCCAAUCGUUAAAUUUGAAGAAAAAGACAUCUCGAGUCCAGUCAGAAAUGGAAGAUUUGAAACUUCUGUUGGAAGAAGAACAAACUAGAAAUGCCGAAUUGGAGAAAAAGCAACGAAGGUUCGACACGGACAGUCAGCGUUUCAAAGAAGAGCUGAACCACGAAAGAACAUUAAAAGAGAAAGUCAGUCGCGAAAAGGAUAAGGCUGUCACGGAAAAAUUCCAAUUAGAACAUGAAUUGUCGGAAACUCGCGAAGAACUGGAGAAGGCCAAAAAAGAGCUGACACAAAUUGAGGGCGAUAUGGAUGAUAUCACUAAACAAAAAGGAGGAGACGCUGUUGCAUUGAAGAAAACCAUCAGAGAACUGGAGGAAAAAGUUCAGGAUCAAGAAGAGGAACUUGACGAUCAGGCUGGAAAGAUCCAAAUGCUUGAACAGGCCAAACUUCGUUUAGAAAUGGCUGCGGAGCAUGACAAGCAUAUGGUACAUAAGGAUUUAGAAGCGAAAGACGAAGAAAUGGAACAGCUUAGAUUUAACAUGCAGAAAAAGGUCAAGCAACUCGAGGAUCAACUGGAAGAUGAAUACCAAGAAAAAACGGCCGCUGUUAAGGCCAAACGAGAAGCCGAUAGACGCCUUGAAGAACUCCGCGAUCGCUACGAACAAGGCAAUGCGGAAACGGAGAGAAAACUGAGACGAGAACUGAAGAAGACGAAAGCUCUUCUGCGUGACGCUCAACAAGUGAUUGAUUCUCAGUCUCAGAAACUUCCGAAAGAAAGAAAUCAGAUGAAAGCUCUGAAAAACCAGUUGGAGGACGCAGAAUUUACCGCUCAGUCUGCUCAGAAAAGCAAAAAGAAACUGGAAGAGGACGUCGCUGACCUACAGAACCAGCUGGAACUCUUGAGCAAGUCCAAGAAAGAGCUCGAGACGAAGUACAUGACGACGCUAAAAGAAAACACUGAAUUGCAAAGUAGAGUGGAGGAAGACGAAGAUGACAUCGAUUCACUUACAGAGAAAAACAGACAAAUUGGAAAACAGCUGGCUGAGGCUCAACAGAUGCUACGUGAGCGGGAGGCUACCAUUCAGGAUAUCACCACUCAAAAGGAAAACUUGGAAAGCAAGGUUGACCACAUGGCAAACCGUCUUUCGUAUUUGGAAGAGUGCACAGUUGAAAAACAUCAGUUUGACCAAAUGGAGAGCAAGAGAAGGGAACUUGCAACGCAGUUGGAUUUGGAGGGAUCAUUCAAAAAACGACAAGAGGUUCAAGUCAGUCGACUAAAGGAGCAAGUUCAAAAACUAAACGACGAAAAGGAAGAUCUGCAGCUCAGAGAAAACAAACUCAUUCAGGAGAACUCCAGGUUGGAUCGACAAAUGCGUGAGUUAAAGGAGGAGAUGACUUCCCUCUCGAGACAAGAAGAGGAUCAUAAGAAAAGAAAACUUGAUGCUGAACGAGAGGUUGAAAAUUUAGAGGGUGUUGUAGCAGGCCUAAAGCAAGAAUUGGGAAUGGCAAAGAAACGCGUCAGCGAAUUGCAGCACGCUUUGGAAGAUGACAUGCAUUACGACUCGGAAGGAAUGUCGAACGACGACGACUACGGCGAUGACGACGACGACCUCGACAUGAGUGAUGAAUCCGACGAGUUCAAAGACACUGGGUCACGACGGUCAGAGCCGAGGUCAUAUCGAUCGUUCGACGAGCUUGACGACGAGUAUGACAUCACUGAUCGACUGAAACGAAAAUUGGACGAUCUUAGUGACGAUGUACCUUCUUCUCCUAGAGGGUCACGACCUGUUAAUGAUUCUGUGGAUUCCAACGUGUUCGAGAGCUCUCGGAAAUUCGAUAACGUCAGUGACACGCGAAAAAGCAAUCGUAAGGAAAGCGGAGAGGAUCGCCAUCAUCGGCGGUCACGAUCGGGUACCGACGAACAUGAUACCAGUGUCGAUAAGAAACGAAGGAAGAGCGAUGAUAAAAGAAGAAAAAGUCUUGAAAAGAAAAAAAGUUUUGAGAGAAAAUCCAACUCCACGGAUAAUUCUAUACAUUAAUGAGAAGACAGAACAGAUGACUGUUGUAUAUGAUUUUUGUUGUGAACAGGAUUUUACGGCGUUUUGGAACAGAGUUUGAGGCUGAAUUGUGUUAUUAGGCGAUGCAACCGCAGAUGUUAUUGUUGAAGUUGUCACUUAAACAGUGCCAUAUUAGCCAAAAUAUGGCGUUGAACUCGUUGAACACAUGAUCAAACAUGGCUUCAAGACUCAAACUACGUCAGGAUUAGGGGAUAGACUCAGCUUUUUCAUUUUUUUUUAAUGCUGUGUAAGAUAUCGAAAACUCAUCAAGGUGAAUUGCCGGUCGCCAGCUUCAAAUACAGUUCUUCUGGUUAAUUAGUUGAGACUAUGCCCAAAACUGAAAUCGAAGAAUUAACAACAUUACUCGACAACCUACUUUAAAUAAUUUAAUACUUGAGUUUUGUUUCAUACGAACAGUCUCAUCUGUGCCUCAUGUCUGUUCUGGUUCUUGGAUAACAUGUUAAGGUUUGUUUGUCAGUAAUAGACGGUACGGUGGUAUAAAGGUUAUGGUUAAAUGGUUAUAUUUAAAUACUUUGGUUCUAUCUCGUUCUCUCUUUUAAACAUUUUAACCAGUGUAAACUUUUCAUGCUCAAAAUUUCGUGCUAUUUCUUGACAUUUAUUUAAUCGCAUCUACUUUAUUGUUUUUCUAAUUUAUGGAAGUUUCCGUGUCAACUCGCAUCGUGGCAUGUUGACAAUACCACUUGUUCACUUUGACAAAAUUAAUCAAUCACAUCAUGGGAAACGGGCAGUGGCUCUAACUAAAAACUAUAGAGCUUGGCACUAAAGCCAGCAAAAGAUGGUUAAAAGAUUCAAAUAGAUUUGAUGGUUAGUUCCUUGUCAUCAAUUUGGUCAGUGUCGAGUAAGUGACCUCGCAGUAUAAGUUGUCGCGCUGAAAAACUUACUUUCAUUAUUGUACGUUAGAAGUGAGUCGCCUGUGGUAAAUGUCGUAUCCAUUAACUCCUAUAAAAUGCAAACCCACGUGAUGAGUUCUUGGAAGAAGAUUUUGCGAUACCAAUAAACGAAGUUAUAUACUGCUGAUGAUCCAGAUAAUUUUUUUCAAGUUGAGAAGGUUAUUUGUGCAUCUCACGUCUUGUCAACUUGAAGCCAAUCUCAAGUAGCAAUAAAUUUUGCAGCGUGUGCGUCUGUUAAAUGAAAGAUUGCUCUCAUUGGAAAGGUGACGAGAUAAAAACUUAGAGUUUCACAGAUAAAUUAGGAUGGUUGUAAAUGACAGAUUAAUUAUGUUGCACAAAACUUUUUUGGUAUAUACAAAUCACUUGAAUAUAUUUUAUAUUAGGGCUGAACAGAUUUAAUUGUGGUAGAGUAGUUAUUUUUGUAAGGCUUCCUGCGUGUCUUAACGCUGGCUGUCGACUGGGAUCUGAUGGGUGUACAUAAAGAUACUGGCCUACACGU